ACACAAAAUGUUUAUCAAAUUGAUGGAUCAUCUCAAAAUCGAAAUUUCGUGGUGAUAAAAUCGCAUGGAUUCAAAAAAAGACUGAACGAGUAAUCGAAAACGCUACAAAAUUUUUCGUAUUCGUCAAGGAUGAACAUAUCGAUCCUACUGAAGGCUGUGGCCAUCUUGGCUGCUAUGCCAAGGGCAGAUUGUCUUACUUUAAGAUGCAACAACAGCAUUUUCUGUACGGGUCCACUUCUCCACCUGAUCCAAAUGUCGAAAAUCUUCGCGGAUUCCAAAACUUUCGUCGAUAUGAAGAUGUUGCACUCGCCAGAAGAAGUGUUGGAAAAUUGGGACAAUUUCAUGGAAGAAAACGAACAGAAUCCCAGCAAAUACAAUAUCAAGAAGUUCAUAACGGAGAAUUUCAACGAUGGAGACGAGCUUGAAACUUGGAUUGGUAAUGACUACACUCCAACACCAAGAAUUCUGCGUAAAAUCGAGGAUAUGAUAGUGAGGAACUUCACGGCCAGUCUGAUGACCAUCUGGCAUAAGUUAGGAAGAAAGGUUAAGCCCGAGGUCUUUCAAUAUCCCGAAAGGUAUUCUUUCGUACCUAUCCCAAAUGGAUUUAUCAUACCUGGUGGAAGGUUUAAGGAAUUAUAUUAUUGGGAUUCUUACUGGAUUGUGAAGGGUUUGUUGAUAAGUGAAAUGGUGAAUACAGUUAAGGGAAUGCUGGAGAAUUUCUUGACUAUAAUUGCCAAAUAUGGUUUUGUUCCAAACGGAUCUAGAAUCUAUUAUUUGAGCAGAUCCCAACCACCGGUAACAACGAUGAUAGCUGGGGAGUAUGUGGAAGCUAGUAAAGAUAUACUGUGGCUGAAGAAAAACAUAAAAUAUCUGGAUCUUGAGCUUCGAUACUGGAUUGAUUACAAAACUGUUAAAAUAAGGAAAGGGGUCCAUGUGUAUACAUUGGCCAGGUACAUAUCUGAAUGUACGUUACCACGCCCUGAAUCAUAUUUUGAAGACAUCGAAAGUUGUGAAAUAUUCGAGACGCAAAACGAAAGACUGAAAUGCUACCAGGAUCUCAAAUCGGCGGUUGAAACUGGAUGGGACUUUUCAUCCAGAUGGAUAUUUGACGAACAAGGGGGAUGUAACGCUAACGUAUCAUACUCCGACGCCAAAAGGGUGAUACCUGUUGAUCUUAACUCGUUCCUUUGCAAGAGCUUCAAGUUGAUGAGUAAAUUUUACAGCAUGUUAAACGACGAAACCAACGCUACAUUCUGGAGGAACAAGUUCGACUACUGGAAAAAAGGCAUCGAUCAGAUAAUGUACAGCAAGAAAGAUGGGGCUUGGUUUGAUUACGAUUACUUCGAGUCGAAAUUCAGAAGGUACUUUUGGCCGAGCAAUCUGACACCUCUUUGGGCUGAGAUUUAUGACCAACCUGAGUACGCCAAACUUGGUCGAGCUGCAGCUUCUUACAUCAAACGGCAGGAUCUGCUUCAAUACAAAGGUGGCAUUCCAGCCUCUCUUCUUCUCACCGGUGAACAGUGGGAUUUUCCACACGUCUGGGCACCUCUUCAGUCCAUAAUAAUCUUCGGACUUUACAAUUCUGGCGAUAGUGAUGCUAUGCAACUGGCCACUACUUUCGGUAAAAGAUAUGUGGAAGCUUGUAUCAAAGGUUUUCUGGUUAGUGGUGAUAUGUACGAAAAAUACGAUUGUAAGGAACCUGGAGCUGUGGAGGGAGGAGGAGAAUAUAUAGCUCAAGUGGGCUUUGGUUGGACUAAUGGUGUUGCUUUGGAGGUUAUCGACACAUUUUAUAAGAGGAAACAUUGAGAAGAUCAGUGCUGCAUUGCUUUUGUGAAAUUUUUGCUCUGAAACAUCCAAUCAAUAAGAAAUAUUGUCAAAGAACUCUCCUCUCAAUGCUAGCUCCUUGAG